GGUUAAAACUCAGUCCUUGCCUCCUCCAUCCCUUGUAGCUUGUACAAGAAGGAACUGGCAGCUUCUCCCCAUUAAAAAGAAAGAGGCUGUUUUGGAUCAAAAUGUGCCUUGAUGUAAGCAGGUGGUAACAGGGACCGGUUUGAUUGCAGUUCUCAGGAAGGCCCGGCGGCAGGAGCAGCUGGUCAGCAAGCGGCUUCUGCGGGAAGAGCCCGUGGCAGAGGGCAGGCAGGAUGGAGUGGAGAUGGUGCCGGACCCCCUCACGGAGGAGGAGGUUUUGGAACUGCUCAGAGGCGUGCAGAGAGGUUCAGAGGACAGGAAAAGAUCGUUGAGCCGCCUCCGCUGGGCUCUGCAGAAUAAGGAGACCCAGCAAAAAUUUGUCAGGCUGGAUGGCAGUGUUCGGGUGCUCGUUGGACUGUUCACCAGCAGCCUGGCCGACAUGCAGAUGGAAGCAGCUCGCUGUCUCCAUGAGCUCUCCCACUCCAGUGACCCUGCUGUGGCUGAGGCAUGCCUGCCGGUGACCUCCUAUCUCCUGACCUACCUCUCAGGACACAGUGUUGAGUUCACGGAGCUGUGUUUGUACACGCUGGGGAACCUGGUAGUAGAAAGCGAGGCCGGGCGGAAACAGCUUCUGCCUCAGGGCAUUAUUCCAGCGCUGGCAUCCUGCAUCCAGUCCCCUCAUGAGGCUGUGCUGGAAGGUCUGGGCUAUGUCCUGUCGCAGCUCCUCCAAGCCAAGGAAGCCCCCACAGAGAUUGUACCCUUGGUUCUAGACUCCGGUCUCCCCCAGCACAUGCUUCGACUGGUUUGCUCCGGCCUCAAGUCUGGGACAGGAGCCGCUGUGGAGUUUGCGUGGUGUCUCCACUACAUCGUUUGUAGCCACACAGCCAAUGCAGCAUUGCUAUCACUGGGGGCUGUACCUGCUCUUGCCUCACUCUUGCUCGACCUGGCUUCUGAAAUCUCCCAAAGGACUCCUGAUGGCCUGGAGCUGCUCGUCUGCCCAGUUCUGCGGUGCCUUAGCAACCUGCUUGCAGAGGAGAUGGUGGACUGUGAAGUGCAGAUCCAGGAUGAGCGCCUGCUUGUGGCCCUGUUCAUAAUCCUGCAGUGCUUCUUCCAGGAGCACCCAUUUAUUGUGCAGGAGUGUCUCUGGCUGCUGAACAACCUUACAGCGGAUGAGCCUUUCUUCUGCUCUGCUGUGCUCACUCUGGACCUGCUCCCAGGCCUGCUGCAGCUCCUGCCGUGUUCCCAGACAGUGAGCGUGUUGGUCCUGACCGUGCUGUGCAAUAUAGCGGAGAAGGGGCCGGCCUACUGCCAGGAGCUGCACCAGCAGGCUACAGUUGCCCCACUGCUGGGCAUCCUCAAGCUUGCAGACUCAGAAGUGGUGGGGCAAUGUCUUGAGCUGUUGCAUCUCCUCUUCCUGCACUGGCCGGAGGCUGCUGUUGACUUCAUCAGCCAAGGAGGGCACCGGGCCCUUGAGCAGCAUCAGAGCACCCCAGAACUCCAGGAGCGGGUGCGAGCACUGCUGGACAUGGCCUUGCAGCCGGCGGGAGACUCUGCUGUCAGUACCACACAUGCUGCAUUGCCUGCUCUCUCCUAGGUGAUGCUGUCUCCCUUCCCUCCACCUGCCCUUGCGCUACAAGGAGGAAUAAAUCGUUCAGUGUGCUCUGCUUUCACAUACCACUGACCUAGGGAUGGUUAAAGGUCUAACAUCCAGCUGUAAGCCCCAGUGCAAGGCUGUUGGUCCUGGAUGGGGAUUCUUGGCAAAGUACGAUUGUUCUUCUCUGCUCCCCAAGGUCUUUACAGUCACCUAGUCAGAAUUAAAUUUGGCCUAGUCAGAACUAAGUCUGCCCCAUGCCUCACUGUGUGUGGCCAGGGCAGAGCUGUGCUACGGCCAGUGCAGAAAGGCUCUCAUUUCUGGGAAGGUGGUAUAUAAACCCUUCUGGAUUUGCUGGUUUAUAAUCCAGCAAAUAUAAACCAGCUGGAGUGUCUCCUUUUGUCACAGCUUUAAGCGCAACACACAAAGCUCAGGGUGAGCACGUACAUUUAUGUGAUUAAUAACUUAAGGAUAGACAUGUUUCACAUUAAAGCUCAUCAGUAAAGUC